AUGACAGACACCCCAGUGGAGGAAUCCCUCUUCCAAAUCAUCCACUGCUUCCACCAGUAUGCAGCUCGGCAAGGCGAUAUGGAGACCCUGUCCCUGCAGGAGUUGCAGGCCCUGCUCAUGGACAAUGUGCCCCGCUUCAUGGACAGCUUGGGCCGGAAGGAGCCGUACUAUAUCACAGACUUGUUCCAGGCCGCAGACAAGAACAAGGACAACCAGAUCUGCUUCGACGAGUUCCUCUACAUCUUGGGCAAGCUGGUGAAGGACUACCACCUGCAGUACCACCGGCAGCUGUGUGCCCGCUACUGUGCCCAACACAGCCUCUACUAG